CUCUCUGCAGGAGUGUGCUGUUGCUGUGCUGCUUUGCGACCUCGCUACAAGCGUCUGGUAGAUAACAUAUUUCCUGAAGAUCCAAAAGAUGGUCUUGUUAAAGCUGAUAUGGAGAAGCUGACUUUCUAUGCGGUUUCUGCACCAGAAAAGCUGGAUCGAAUUGGUGCUUACCUAGCAGAGAGACUGAGCAGAGAUGUUGUCAGACAUCGCUAUGGGUAUGUUUUAAUUGCCAUGGAGGCAUUGGACCAACUUCUAAUGGCUUGCCAUUCUCAAAGCAUAAAACCGUUUGUGGAAAGUUUCCUUCAUAUGGUGGCCAAGCUUCUGGAAUCAGGCGAACCAAAGCUGCAAGUUCUUGGAACUAAUUCUUUUGUCAAAUUUGCCAACAUUGAGGAAGACACACCUUCAUAUCACAGACGCUAUGACUUCUUUGUGUCUCGAUUCAGUGCCAUGUGUCAUUCAUGUGACCACGAUCCAGAAAUACAAACCGAGAUUCGAAUUGCUGGAAUCAGGGGCAUUCAGGGCGUGGUUCGAAAAACAGUUAAUGAUGAACUUCGAGCAACUAUAUGGGAACCUCAGCACAUGGACAAGAUUGUACCAUCAUUGCUGUUUAAUAUGCAGAAAAUAGAAGAUAUUGACAGCAGAAUAGGCCCUCCAUCCUCUCCUACAGGAGGAGAGAAAGAGGAAAAUCCUGCUCUGCUGGCCGAGAAUUGUUUCAGGGAACUACUAGGACGAGCAACUUAUGGAAAUAUGAAUAAUGCUGUCAGACCAGUUUUUGCGCAUUUAGACCAUCAUAGACUAUGGGAUCCCAAUGAAUUUGCUGUUUCCUGCUUCAAAAUCAUCAUGUAUUCCAUACAGGCACAAUAUUCCCAUCAUGUGAUACAAGAAAUUCUUGGACACCUUGAUGUUCGCAAAAGGGACUCACCACGAGUUCGUGCUGGCAUUAUUCAGGUUCUUUUGGAAGCAGUUGCAAUAGCAGCUAAAGGAUCAAUAGGCCCAACAGUUCUGGAGGUUUUUAAUACCUUGUUGAAGCACUUGCGCAUCAGUGUUGACUUCGAGCUGGGUGAUAGGCGCAGUUCAGCAGGAAGUGCAACUUUCAGCACAGGCUCCAAGGAUAGUGAUGAGAGGAUUGUCCAGAAUGCUAUUAUUCAAACAAUUGGAUUUUUUGGAAGCAAUCUCCCAGAUUACCAGAGAUCAGAGAUUAUGAUGUUCAUUAUGGGAAAAGUACCUGUUUUGGGGACAACUUCACAAUCACUGGAUACUAGUCACCUUGGAGAUUUGGGAACUAGGAGGAUUCAAAUCAUGUUAUUGAGAUCUUUACUUAUGGUGACUUCAGGAUACAAAGCAACAACGAUAACUAAUGCACUUCCUACCCCGUUUCUGGACCCAUUAUUGUCUCCUUCGCUCAUGGAAGACUAUGAGCUAAGGCAGCUGGUCUUGGAAAUACUGCAUAAUCUCAUUGAUCGGCAUGACAACAGAGCAAAGCUCAGAGGGAUACGAAUAAUACCAGAUGUUUCUGAUCUAAAGAUAAAACGAGACAAAAUUUCAAGGCAAGACGUGAGCUUUAUGAAAAAGCAUGGUCAGCAGUUGUACAGACACAUCUACUUAGGCUGUAAAGAAGAAGACAAUGUCCAAAAAAACUUUGAACUGCUGUUUACAUCUCUAGCUCUUACCACAAUUGAACUAGCCAAUGAAGAAGUGGUUAUUGACCUCAUUCGUUUAGCUAUUGCUUUGCAGGACAUUGCCAUCAUCAAUGAGGAUAAUCUGCCAAUGUUUAAUCGUUGUGGUGUCAUGGCAUUGGUUGCAGCGUAUCUAAACUUUCUGAGUCAGAUGAUUGCAGUUCCUGCCUUUUGUCAGCAUGUCAGCAAGGUCAUCGAAACUAGAAGUCUGGAAGCAUCUUAUUUUCUACCAGAAACAAUUUUCAAAGACAAAUGCAAUCUUCCAAAAUCCUUAGAGAAGCAUGAAAAAAAUUUAUUUUUCCUGACAAACAAGAUUGCAGAAUCAUUAGGAGGCAGUGGAUACAGUGUGGAAAGAUUGUCAGUUCCAUAUGUACCCCAGGUAACAGCUCUAUUUCCAUCAGGCAAAAAACCUCAUAAAUGCAGACACAAGUCAAAAGAUGAAGACAGACUCUCCAGGAGGAAGAGCAUUGUGGACACGGUAUCUAUUCAGGUGGAUAUUCUGCCUGGCAACAACACAGAAGAUAAGGUUGAUAAUACUGAAGAAAUCACCUUUGAAGCUUUGAAGAAAGCAAUUGAUAACAAUGGACUUGAGGAACAGGAAAAAGAAAAAAGGCGUCUUGUGAUUGAAAAGUUCCAAAAAGCACCAUUUGAAGAAAUCGCAGCACAAUGUGAAACCAAAGCAAACUUGCUUCAUGAUAGACUUGCACAGAUACUGGAACUCACCAUUCGUCCUCCACCUAGCCCCUCAGGAACGAUGACCAUUACUGCUGGACAUGCUCAUUACCAAUCUGUUCCAGUCUAUGAGAUGAAGUUUCCAGAUCUUUGUGUGUAUUAAGUGUCUUCUGAAGUCUGCUGGACAUUAUUUAGAGUAGAAUAGAAAGAACAAGAUGAGUUUUCAAAUUUUAUUGUUUAUUUCAUCUAAACUAACUUUAAAAUAAUGAUGGACAUGAGCCAAAUGCAGAUUACACUAGCCAAACUCAUGAGACUGUCCUGAGUUGUUUUCUUCUGUAAUAUAUUUGAAGUUAGGUUUUUCAUAUAUCAUGUCUCUUGAUUUUCAUAUUUGAGUACCUGUAAAAGUCAGAUUUAAAGCUUGUCUUGCCGUAUAGAUGAACAUUUCAGUUACACUAGGAAUUUGUAUUUCUGUAAAUUCCUUUAAUUUGAGGCAUUGUAACUGAAGAACCUGUUAAAGCUUGUUUGUUUGUUUGUUGGGUUUUUUCCUCCUCUCCACCUCAAUUAUAUAUCUAAAUAGAAUGCUUUUUGCUUGCUUAAUCUUAAUAAAUGUAACCAGGGGAGUGCUACCUCAGCUCCCUUUUCUUCAUGCUGUCAUAGCUAGCCAGCUUGUUUAUUUUGGAAUAUAUGGAAAGAAACAAUACCUUACAUGUGUUCAAGUACAGUAAAUGAAUUGAUGGACACUAGUUAAGUAUUUUUUUUGAUGCAUCACAUAACAUGCUUUUUAGAUAUAUACGCCCAGUAUAUGUCCUGUGUUUCUCGCUACAAGUUAACUGCUUUGCGUAAGAGAGGAGAGAGCUCCUCUUGAAGCACUGAAUUGUGCAAUAUUUUUCAUGUCUUAAGGGGUAUGGUUUACAGACUGUACUUUUGAAAAUGCAGUAGUAUUUUACUGUCUGCUUUAGUAUAAAUACACAAGAGAUAUAUUUCAUAUAGUAGAAAAUAAACUGAGGGCAUUUUAAAUCAUAAAUACAGAAAUUACAAAUAUAUUCUAUGAGGUAUUUCUCUGUAGUUUAUUACAGCUUUUUAAUGAUAUUUUAGAAAUUGAAAGAAAACUGGAUGAAACCAUUUAAAGAGCAAGAAUUUAUUACCUAUGUUUUCAAGCAAAAGCAUUUUUAGAGGUGCAUCUCUGUGUUCAUUUUUGUUUCAUUUUCAAACCUUUCUAGAAAUAAGGAAAAUGUGGUAACUUUCAUAGGUUUAUGUAUCUGAGUAUACUAUUCAAAUGUAAAUAAAGUAAAACUGAUAUAGUAAUACACUGAGCUUUUGAUGAUAAUUGUCAAGGCUGUCUUUAUGACUCACUAAAUUCUGCAGUCAAAAAGAAAAAAACAGCUUUUGUUGGUGCCAGGAAUAGUAAGUCUGAAGUCCCGUAAUCUGUCUGAAUCUGACUGAAGCAGCACAAACAUGAAUGAAUGUUCCCAAGUAUCUAUAAUAAAUAUAAGACAUUUAAGUUAGCCAGCAGUUUAGAUAAACGGUGGUCAGGCCAUGAGCAAAGUGAUCUGACUUCAGUUAACCCUGCUUUGAGCAGGAGUUUGGUUUAGAUGACCUUCAGAAGUCCCAACCUAAAUUAAUCUACGAUUGCAUAAUUCUAAAAUCUGAAUGGUUAUCAGGCCAGAUAAUUUGCUGACUGUUUUGAGCAUUUGCAAACCCACUGUAAAACAGAUUUUUAGUUUUUUGAACUGUAGUACAGUAUUCCACUGGACUACUUUUAAAAGCCUGAUGUGAGAUAACAGCAGAGAAAUAUCAGCUACUUAAACCUAUGAGAUAUCAUGCUGAGACUUUCAGAAGGCAUUCGCAAAGCUCAAAAGGUAAUUGAGACCUUCUUUUCAGUUUAACAGUGCAAUCACAGCUGUUAGUGGAUGACGAAACAGCC